AUGAAUAGCCAGCUGCGGGAAUAUUUGGACUCGAUUGAAUAUCUGCCGGAGGAGCUGCUGUACGGGGUAUGCGAGACGGCAAAGAUCGACCGAUCCAUCCAAAGCAACACCGAGGAUCUAAACCGACGCGUCGAUUCGUUAUUCCGCAAAUGCCGCCGAGGCGAGUUGUCCGCGGCCGUCGCCGAUGCCGAGUUCGCUGUCAUCAGGGACUGCUACGAACAGCUUCUCGAGGAUUCAGACGAAAAGCUUCGCCUAGCCGUUAGUAUGCACGACCAGGUUGCGAACCAUUUGCAGCGCCUUGAUGUGUGUCUGGACAAGCUGAAGGAAGAACUGGAAACGAAACGCCCCGGAAGUACGGAGCGACUGGAGAAGCGUUUCUUUGGAACGGAACUUGGGAAGCGCACCAGGGAGCAGAUGCAGAGUCGUUUCUACGACACGAAAACGAAAGAUGCUUUCGAAACGUCCAGCAGCGACCCGGUUGGUGUCGGCAACAAUGAAGUGGAGAGUGGCGUCCAACAAGAUGCGGCACGGUGCGGUCCCGUCAGUGCACAGACAUUCGAUCGCGCCGGAUGUAAUGGGCUCUCGAUCGAGUCGACAGGAACACUGGUUCCGAGUGAUCCGGCCAACGCGGACCAACACUAUCCACCGUUGCCAUUGGCAGGAGAUGCCCAGCCGCAACCAUCAGAUAACGCAGCAGAGCGAAAGCAGGAACAACCACAAAUCGUUUCACAAAUGUCGCUGCAGUUUUCGCAACUUCGGCUGUCGUAG